UCCAUAGUUUCCCGCAGCAGUGUUCCCCAAUCAGCCGUUGCCUGCUCCGAAACAAUAUCGAUCACCUCAACCGAAAAGUUCAGUCAUUGACUGUUUGCAAAGAUACUGUGUGGAAGAAAUAAUCAUGAAUCUAUCGCUUAUCGCCGCACGUUAGUCAGCCUGGCGAAUUGGCCUGGACCAACAAGACAGCCAGCGCAUACAAGCACCUAUUGCGUUUCCUAUUGCCCUCACUCCUCUAUACAAUGCAACGGCAUCGCCGCCUGCUUCGCCUUAAAAGCACAGUUCCGCAGCUUCUCUGCCAGAAUGGGCUGCGUCGCUUGCAGGUUACCUCCGGGGCGCUGUCAUGUUCGAAGGAAGCAACAGAAGCUGCGACAUCGUCAUCAGACUCCACCAACCUGCACUCGGUGGUCAGCAUCGCCGAAGGCCCCAACGCCUUUGCCGCGGCGACCGUAACAUUCACGCAGGCGGAGGAGGCGGUGGGCUACGGGAACCAGAAAGGAGCACCGACGGCACAGCAUGCGGCACAGGUUGCUUUGCUGGCUGUUCGCGGCGCCCUGGGCUGUCAGCGGCCUCCCAGUGCGCUGGUCGCCUCCGUGUCUCUGGAUCUGCCACGUCCUGCCGUACAAGCGGUGGCUGAGAGCCUUUCCGCGGCGCUGAAGGAGAGUGGGACACCGGUCAUAGGUUGCAGCUCACGGUUAAGAGUUCCGGAUGAGAUACGGGCCAACGGACUGCGAGGAGGAGGGAGCACCGCGGGAAGAGGAAACGGCGUUGGAGCGGCUGCUAGCAGUAGCACUAGCACCAGCAUGGAUGGCGCGCGAGGGAGCGGAGAAUCGUCCGAGGCAUCCACCUCCCAGCAAUCACAGCAGCAGCAACAGCAGCCUCGUCACUUGCACCACAUCACCCUGGCAGCAGCACACUUGCCGGAUUACGAAGUGUACGGCAUUCGGAGCGAAACGGCCUCCCUGCCCCGGCUGCCCUACCUAGCUGAGUCGCUGCAGGGCCGUCGCCCGCCGGCCUUCCUGCUGUUGACCGGGGCGGACUCACAGGCGGCGGAGCUGCUGGCCAGGCUGCAGAACCUCUUUCCGGGCUCCUGCGUGGGCGCCGGAGUGGCUGCGCAGCAGUCCGCUAGGGACCGCUCGCGACUGAUGUUGGUGGGGCCUGGCGGGGGCAGCAGCAGCAACGGCAACGGCAGCAGCACAAACAGCGGUGUUAGCAGCGGCAGUAGCAGUGGCGGCAGUGGCGCCAGCAGCAGCAGUAGCAGCAGCAGCCUACAAGGGGGGCCAAGAGAGCAGGGGCCGUUCGCUUCCCUCGCUGAGGACGCUUUCCUGGGAGGGGAGGCGGGAGGUGCAGCUGGGGAGUUGUACGGCAGCGGGAGGAGCAGGAGGAGGGGCAGACCGGCGUCGGACUUUGAGGGCCCCUUCCAGCGCAUGCUGCUGGGUCGGGAGGGCGCCCCGGGGGCCGCUGGUGAUGGGAGCAGUGGGGCUGCCUCCACCACCUCCACUACCACCACCACCGCCAGUAACGGGAGUAGCCGUAACGCUGGGAGCAGCAGCAGCAGUAGCAGCAGCAGCACUAACAACGGCAGCAGCGGUGCAGGCACCCGAGUGCCCAGCGCCUUCCACCGCAGGAGGCCACAGCCUGCCGCAGGCAGCUCCUCAUCCUCCUCGCCCACUCAGCCCACGUCCUCAACAGCAGCAGCAUCAGCAGCGGAAACAACGACAACAGGGAGUGGCUCGUUCUCUGCCUCCUCCUCUUCCUCCUCCUCCUCUUCCUCUUCCUCUUCGCAAGGCGGAGCAGGCAGCACCCAAGCAACCACGGCAUCACCAACACCAUCAUCAGCAUCCGCAGCUGCAACAACCGCAGCGGCGGCGCAGGAGGAGGCUGCAGCGGAGGCAUUCGCUGCCUCCCUCCGCUCCUUCCAACCCUCCUUCGUCAUGGUGGGCGGGGAGGUGCAUGGUGGGGGCUGUGCGCUGCUCGCAAUCUACCCUAAAACCACAACUCCAGCAACCCCCGCGUCGUCUUCGUUAUCAGCAACAACACCAGCAACAGCAGCAGCACCUGGGUUAUCAGGGUCAGGUGCUGCUCCUGCUGCCCCUGCCCCUGCUACGCUGUCCCGGCUGCCCGGUGGCGCAUGCGACCUGCUAGCUCGGGUGGCGCUGGGGAGCGACCAGCUGCACCACGUGACGCUGCGGGGUGCCGCCCUGUCCGCCAUCUCUCCGCCCCCCACCGGCCCCGAACCCUCCUCCGCCACCUCCCCCUCGCCCCCCGACAACCCCUACUACUGGCUGCCCGCCUCCGCCACCCCGCCUGCCCUCCGCAUCGACCCCCACCUCCAUGCACCCCUGCUGCAGCAGCAGGAGGAGCAGGAGGAGCAGGGGCAGCACAAGCACGACCAGCAAGAGGGGCAGCAAGAGGGGCAGCACCCGCAGCCUUUGGCAACUAGCCCAGCUGCUGCUGGUAACGCAGGCGUGACAGUAAGCGGCAGUGGGGAGGUAGACGCGGGGACGGAGGGCGCAGCAGGAGGGGAGACGGAGGGUGGCGAGGAGACUGCGGUGGAGGAGGCUGAGGAGGCGGUGCCCUCCGCUGCAGCGCUGGCGGCGCUGAGUGAUGGGCUGUCGGGGCUGCCGCUGUUCCCGCUGGAGGGCGCAGUGCUGUUCCCGGGGCAGACCAUGCAGUUGCGUGUGUUUGAAAAGCGCUACCGGCUGCUCCUGCGUGCCUGCCUGGAGCAGGGCACCGCUUUCGGGCUGUGCUGGCGGGGCACGGGUUGUACGGCAGUGGUGCGAAGCUGGCAGUGCGCUGGGAACCCUGCCGCCGCCGGUAACAGCAGUAGCAGCAGCGGCACCAGCAGUGCGGGAGGGGUAGCGGAAGGAGGUGGCCGGGAGGGUGGUGAGGGUGUGGGAGAUGUGAUGGUGAUGCUGGAGGGUGGCGUGCGGUUCAGCUACGAAACGGAGGGGCUGGGGGUGUUGCCGGCAACGUAUGGGCUCAAUGUGGCUAAGAGGGCCGAGUAUGUUUUGGACGAGCCGCCUGCCAACGAUGACGACCUGGCUGCCAUGUGCUCCGCUGCGUACGCCAUCAUUGACGGCAUAGCGGGGGCGCUGGAGGCGGGAUCGGCACCACCCGCGCGGCAAACCGCUCGCAACUUUGCCAACGCCCUCCACUUCGCCAGCAGCAUGCAACCCACAACCACCCCCGCAACCCCUGCUGCUGGCAACGCCAACGCCGACACCGCCACCACCACCACUCCCCCCAGCACCAACCCCAGCAGUUCAGGCAUCACCAGCACCUCUUCCUCUUCCUUCGAAACCACCUCAUCCUCUUCCUCAUCCAAAAGCGACAGUGAAAGCGAUGAUGCAGCUCUGUUGGCUGCUGACGUGGCGGAGGCCAAGCGCUGUCUUGACGCCGACACCGCCUCCCUGCUGUCGCUCUACCUGGCGCCGCACAUACCCGUGCAGUUGGAGUCGCUGCGAAGGGAGUGGUUCACCACCCGAAAUGCGCUGUGGCGGCUGCAGCAAGAGGCUUCCUGGCUACGAAACAACCCGCGCGUGUGCAUGGCAGUGGCAUCCAGCGUGCUGCGUCUGGCUCGGGAUCACCCGCUGCGGCUGAUGCUGGGGCUGAGCAGGGUGGCAGCUAGCAGCUGAUGGGCGGGCGCGCUGUCUAAGGCUUUGCGGGGGCUAUUAGCUGAUGGGAGGGCGUGUUUCCCCGGGAGCUGUGCGUUUCUGGGGGUUCGGGUUGGCCAACGCGAGCGGUUGAGAGGGAUAUGGGGUGUGAGGUUAUGUCGCAUGUGCAGUAUCGGAGUGCGGGUUGUGCGGGAAGGACGAGGGAUAAAUUGCGUGCAAUGGCAGAGGAGAGGGGUGUUGGAAGCUCUAAGCACCGGGCGCGGACUAGGUCUGCUCACGACGCGUGCUAUACUGCUCAUGCAUGUUCUAUACGUUUGUGAAAACGUGUGUGCUCUGGCAACGGACUUCGUUCUUGCUGUCCACGUCUCCCCAUGGCAUUUCGGGCUCAUUGGCGUCAGGUUGCUUGGACCAGGCGAAAGCCUUGCGAUGCCAAAGGACCGCAUAAUUCAUCACCCAUUGCGAAGACUACCUGUGCAUCGCCGAUGCAGGGUUGGUGUUAGCGCGUACGGUCAUGCUUCUUAUGCAAAUCGUCGCGAAUGGCUCCCGCUGUUGGACGAGCAUGCUUAAUAAGCCUAGAUCGCGCCCCAGGAACUUUUAAGCCCCAAUACGGCUUCCGCGGGUCGAUUAAGAUUGCAUCUUCCAUAGAGCAAGGGUCGGAGCUUCGAGGUCUUUAGCUUGCAGCUGUCAUAUCCUAUUAACACCCCUUUGCGACCCGGGCAGCGUACCCUAUAUCUUUUGAUGCUGUAAUAUGUGAAUAUGGUUCCUAGGAGCGAGACGUCCUAAGUUAUCCGAGAUCACUUUAAGUGGUAUAAAGCGACAGCUCCGCGCAAUAUAGUGACAGCCCGCCGAGGCAAGCCGUGAAGCCAUGCCAGUUCCAGCUUUUUGGUGAAGGCAGACAGAGUGGUAGUGGACUUGACGGCUUGACGCAGUUAUAUCUUUCAGCCAUGAAGUUUAGCAUCCGCGGCCAUGAGGUCGACUUCCCACACCAGCCCUAUGGCGUGCAAUUUAGCUUUAUGGAGAAGAUGCUGCGUACACUUGACGAGCAGGGCAACGCGCUGCUUGAAGCACCCACCGGCUGUGGCAAGACGCUUAGCCUCCUCUGCGCUGCUCUUGCAUGGCAAGAGAAGCGCAAGAAGGAACUUACUGAGCGCGCCAUCAGUAAAUUGACUCGCAGCAACCAUGAACAGCGGCGGAAAUUGGGCGGCAAGGGGCACAGCACGGGCGCUUAUGGCAGCGCGGAUGACUACAUGGAUGCGGACGAUGCCGACUUCGUGCCGUCUCCAGACGCUGCACCUAAGCGUGUUCGGGGCCCCCCGAAGUCCACAGAUCGACCAUCACCGCAGUCUGCUGGCUCCCCCGACACGCCGCAAACUAGCUCGGAUGGCUUGGGCAGCCUCUCUGGAGAUGAUGAUGAGCCAGCCAAGCCGCCCAAAAUCUUCUUCGCGUCGCGCACGCACUCCCAGAUUGCGCAAGUUGUGCGUGAACUCAAACGCACGGCAUACAAGCCCAGCAUGGCAAUCCUGGCCGCCAAGCAGCACUACUGCAUCAACAAGGCGGUCCAGCGCAGCGGGCGGGUGGAUGAGGAGUGCGACCGGCUGAUGCGCGAGGACGCGUUUGGCUGCAGGUUUAAAUCCAAGCAGGGGCACCACAAGACCGGCCGCGUGCAUGUGGAGGUGCACGACAUCGAGGAGCUGGCUGCCGCCUGCCGCCCCGCCAAGACCUGCCCCUACUUCACGGCUCGCGACAUGGCGCUGACGGCGGAGCUCAUCUUCUGCCCCUACUCCUACCUGCUGGACCCAGUGGUCCGCGCCGCCCUUGGAGUGGACGUGAGCGGCUCGGUGCUCAUAUUCGAUGAGGCGCACAACAUAGAGGACGUGAGCAGGGAGGGUGGCAGUAUGGAUCUGGAUCUAGACGCGCUACGUGACGUGGAGGGCGCAUUCCGGCUAGCAGCGCAGCUCACGGGGCGUCCCGACCUGUACGACCCGUUGGCGGCGGCUGCGGGGCGCUUGGCUGCAUGGCUGUCGCGGUUCGAGGAGGGGGCAGAGGGCAUGGCGGCGUGCGGGUUUGAGGAGCAUGAGGCGGU